AUGGCACCCUCGACCACAAAGACCGGCGGCAAAGCCGCCGCAAAGCCCCAGGAUGCCAAGGCGAAGGCGGCCAAGAAGGCAGCGCUGAAGGGUACGGCCUCGCACACCGCCCGCAAGGUCCGCACCACGGUCUCCUUCCACCGCCCCACCACUCUCAAACUCGCCCGCAAACCCAAAUACCCCCGCAAAUCCGUCCCCCACCUCCCGCGCAUGGACCAGUUCCGGACCAUCCAGUACCCCCUCAACACCGAGUCGGCGAUGAAGAAGAUCGAGGAGCACAACACCUUGGUGUUCAUCGUGGACUUGAGGGCGAACAAGAGGCACAUCAAGGAUGCCGUCAAGAAGCUGUACGAUGUUGAGGCGCUCAAGGUCAACACCUUGAUCCGACCAGACGGCAGGAAGAAGGCGUACGUCCGCCUGACACCCGACCACGACGCGUUGGAGGUUGCCAACAAGAUUGGCUUCAUCUAG